GGCGGCCGUGCUCACAGCGCAGCCUCCUCCCAGAUCGGGCUCCCCCCCUAACAAAGCUCUCGCGAGAUACUUCGGCGCGCGGUACGGACAUCUACCGCUGGUGAAUUCGUGACGUUCGUUGGAAUCUCCUUGAGGGGAGAGCUUCUUCAUUCUUGGAAAAAAAAAGUGGGUGUCUCCUCUCUCUUUUUUGGCAGAGUUUCUUCUCGGGCUUCGCCGGACAUUGAGUAACCAUCGCCACGGCUGUAAUGGACGAAGUUUCACUUGCUGUUGAGGAUGUGAAAAGGACAUGGGAUCAAACUGUGAAUCACAUUCAGGACAACAUAAAAGAAAUUCAUUGUUGUGGGAAAUCUGGAAAGGGUAUUCAGGACCGGAAUUCUCUCCCUAGACUCAAUGGAGCUGCACAGGAUGGCCUGGCAUUGCUUAGAUCACUUCAGUUUAGGCUUGAUCUUUUGGCUCAACAACUGCCCACAGAAGAAGCUGUAGUGACUGCCCACACAAUGUUGAACUCUUGGAAAGAACAAUACCAGGGAUUGCACUUGAGCUUGAGAAAUGCAAACUUGCAAGCGAAAGACAACAUAAGAGCAGCUGCUCGGGAAGAGAGGGAGCUACUUUUAGGAGGUGGAGAGGAGUCUACCAUCCGCAGACGUAACUUGCAAACAAAAGUGGGACUAAAGCAGGAAUCUGCCGCCGAAAGCAUUACAGAAAGCCUUCGACGAACACGGCAAUUGAUGGUUCAGGAGGUGGAAAGAAGUGUAAGCACGUUGGAAACUUUUGAGGAAUCAACUGGUGUUUUAAAGAAGGCUGAAAGCGAGUACAAGGGGCAGCGCUCUCUGCUUAUGCAUACCAGGCGCUUACUCUCCACAAUGCAGCGACAGGAUGUCAUGGAUAGGGUGAUAAUGGUGGCCGGUUUUGUUUUAUUCUUAUCUGCUGUGUUGUAUGUCGUCUCAAAACGAAUAGGGCUGCUAGCUCUGCAGAGAAAAAUUGUUGCAGCUGUGAAAUCAGGUUCAGUUGGUCUUGAAGAUGUGGGCAAAGAGCUUAGUAAAUCAUUGAGUAAAGACAAGUUGAGCCAUGAAGAACUCUAAAUCACUGGCUUGUGUGUUUUUGUGUUGGGGCUUUUACAUGCAUACCACACAAUUCUUAUAUAUUUACGUAUCUAACCCCUAUUCUUUUGAUUUUUUUUUUUACAUUUAUGCCGCCCAAACUUUUCAUCACAUCAAAACUAUCAACAUUAUGAAUUUUAAACG